UGCAUUCUAUUUUUCUAGCCGUUCUCCAGUGCCGCGACAACAACUGAACGCGCUUCGCGUGGUUUUUGUUUGCGUUCAGUUAAUUUGUAAUCGAAAUGUCGCAGCAAGGCCCAGCUUUCGACGUGAACGCGAUGACCCUAACCCGAUGGGUCCUGGCACAGCAGAGGACGGCUCCAACGGCUACUGGGGACUUAACCCAGCUCCUAAAUUCCAUACAAACAGCAGUCAAGGCGAUACAAUCGGCCGUACGGAAAGCCGGCAUCGCUAAACUUCAUGGCAUCUCAGGCGACACGAACGUGCAGGGCGAGGAAGUCAAGAAGCUGGACGUGCUCUCCAACGACCUGUUCAUCAACAUGCUCAAGUCCUCCUUCACCGCCUGCCUGCUGGUGUCGGAAGAGAACUCCUCUGUUAUACAGGUCGAGACAGAAAGACGCGGUAAAUACGUAGUCUGCUUCGAUCCUCUGGAUGGUUCCUCAAACAUCGACUGUCUGGUGUCCGUCGGCUCCAUCUUCGCUAUUUAUAAAAAAACAACUCCAGGGGAGCCAAACGAGUCUGAUGCUCUACGUCCUGGCAACGAGCUGGUCACCGCAGGAUAUGCUCUGUACGGCUCGGCAACCAUGCUGGUGCUGUGCCUCGGCCGCGGCAAGGGCGUCAACGGCUUCCUAUACGACCCCUCCAUCGGGGAGUUCAUCCUCACAGACCCCAGCAUGCGGAUACCCGACAAGGGGAAAAUCUACUCCAUCAAUGAGGGAUACGCCGCAGAGUGGUCAGAAGGGUUAAAGAACUACAUAGAGGAGAAGAAGCGGCCCAAGACCGGCAAAGCGUACGGCGCGAGAUACGUGGGCUCCAUGGUGGCUGAUGUGCACCGCACCAUCAAAUACGGCGGCAUCUUCAUGUACCCCGCCACCACCUCCGCGCCUAAGGGGAAACUGCGUCUAUUAUAUGAAUGCAAUCCCAUGGCGUUUAUAGUAACGGAAGCGGGUGGCUUGGCCUCCAACGGCACCACACCCAUCCUUGACAUCAAGCCGACAUCCAUCCACGAGCGCGCGCCCUGCUACCUCGGCUCCAAGCUCGAUGUUGAAGAGUUGCUGCGAUUUCUCAACUGAAUUGUAAUAUUUAUGUUAUAUGGAUAGUAUAACUCGUGCCAAUAAACUAAAAAUGGUGGCGUUAAUCUCUCCCUCUCACUCAUACAUAUGUGUAUAGUGUGCGAGAGAGACGGAAUGAUUAGUCACUUGGUUUCGAUUUGUUUCUUUAUUGGCACGAGUCAUACUGCCGGGUCAUUUCACGUAAAAAUACAGCUGGGCGACACGAAGGUGGAGGGGUUGUUUAUAUUCAUAAUUUUCAGGAAGGUUUGAAAGUUUUUUUUGGAAAAUCCUCAAUUUAAAAAAAAAAUGCACCCGUGCGGAUGCCGGGGCGCGUCGGUAAUAAAGAAAUAAAAACUGCAAAAAUAUCAUAAAUCUCGUAUACAGCUCAGGAAUGGAACCCGCAUUUUUCACGCGUAUAGAUGCCCCCACCAACAUAUCCUCACUUCACGCCACCAGAUAGAUCGAUAAAUCGCCUACUGCGCAGGUACAAUGUCGCGGUGUUUUUACGUUGAACUGUACUGAUAUUUCUUUAAUCCUGUUUUUGUGCCAACUUAUAUGUAGGGAGUAGGGACCAAAAGGGAAGUUUUUAAUAUAUGUAAGUCUUUCUAUAAAAAAUAGAGAUCCAUAAUUAAAAACUCGCCCUAAAUUAUUUUGAUAAGAGUAUAUUGAAUAUUUUGAUGGAAGAUCCUUUAAAAUUAAUAAACAAUUAAAAUGUUCUGUUGUUAAGCUGAGUCUAAAUAAAACAUUUAAUUUUAAAAAUAA